GAUGACGUCGCAUUUCACCUGUAUGUUUCCAUCGGAGUACGAAGUCGCCAUACUGUAGAUGUUUGGGCGUUUACCUGUCGAAGUGGUAAACCAUGGCAUUAAAUCACCGAAAGAUACCAUGGUACCAUCGUAAACCUUUACUUAAAGACAGUUUAUUUACCGAUUUACAGAAUGGUAGCUACGUUGCUUCUAUAUUUACCUUGGUGGAGUGCAUUUAUAUGGUGAUUUUAGUCAUUUUUGACAUUUAUUGCUUAGCGGAAGCGCAACCAGGAACCAGACAUUAUCGAUAUUUUGGGAUAAGUUUUCUAUUCGUGUACAGUGGAAAUUUCCAUGUCAGAAAUCUACUUCUUACCGAAUCUGUGAUCUCGUUUUUUCUCGCAAUUUAUCUUGGAAUUGCUUCUGUUAUCCUAAUGAUGGCACUGAAAAAGGAAAAUGAAAGGAAAUUUCGUCACUGGUUAAUAGCUAUAGUGUUAUUUACAAGUUGGAGAUUUGUUGGCACUUUCUUCAGGUCUAUAGUUAAUGAUUUGUACUUCAGUUAUCAUCAGGCAAUGUUAGUGAUAUGGAUACUGCUGAUGGUUGCCAAUGUUUUCUUUGGUCUAGUGGUUCUAUCAAAUUAUCAAGAAUUGUCGAACAUAACAAGAUUAGAAGAUAUGGCCAAAUUAAAGGUUGGGACAUUAAGCAGUCUUAGCGCAUCAAUUUCGAGACAUUCUUCGGAAUCCAUGAAAAAUGCACAUAAUUUUACAUCUUCGCCUAAAGGUUCAUCUUCAACUGCAUCGGCUUGAGGUACCUUAAAGUUAAUUGAAA